AUGAGUCGAUGUGAUUUUAAGAUUGUGUUAUUAGGCAGUGAACAUGUUGGGAAGACUAGUUUAGUAAUAAGAUUUGUAAAUUGUCGCUUUAAUGCAUCAACGCCAUACCAAAAUACAAUCGGAGCAGCUUUCUGUGCCAAAACAAUAUGUGUUAAUGGAAAGCCAUUCAAUGUUGGAAUAUGGGAUACCGCAGGUAGUGAACGCUAUGAAGCUAUGACACGUAUGUAUUACCGUGGUGCGCAUGCGGCGAUUAUAUGCUAUGACCCCUGUUGCCUCGAGUCUUGGACGCGACUCCGGCAUUGGUUGCAAGAAUUGAGGACAGUUGAAGAGGAGUGCAAAGUCUAUCUCUGUGGUACCAAAAAAGAUCUAAUUGACUCCGACGAGGUCCGGCGAGAGGUCCCAGAAGAUAUAGUAAAUACAUACUCCCAAGGUCUACAUGGACACUGUCUGACCUCAAGCAAAACUGGAGAGAAUGUUGAAGAGUUAUUCCAGAAGAUAGUAGAGGAUUGUGUAGCAGAUAUUAAUGUGAUGAAGGAUGUGAAAGAGUUAAGAGUACAAUUACAAAAAGAGGAUGAAAAGAAGAGAGUGUACUGUUUCUGCUGA